GUUUAAAAUAUUUUUGAUUACUAAAAAUUACUGUGAGAAAUUGUUGAUAAAGUGCCAAAUAAUCACAAAAAAAAAAAAAAACACAAAGGAACGAACAAUACAUCCAAGAAACAGCGACAUAGUCGCAGUUUAUAUAGGCGAGAUCCCUCAAGUGAUCAAGAUCACUAUAUCAAGUUACAUAUAGCAGGCCCACCUCAAGGACAUGCCCACCAUGACACGCAUGCAUCGUCAUUCCAGCUCGAAUGCCGCUGUUGAUGUCGAGACACGUGGUCGUCGUGCCCGUGAUGUCAGCGUUGGAGUUGGCGAUGCCAACAAGGAGAACUUUGGCGUCCAUUUCAUGAGCAGCCCCUUUGGCAAUAGUAGCCUGAUUGCUCUGCAGGAUCUUAGCAAUGUCCAUGGCAAGAGUCCUCAACGACGUAGCUUUAGCGAGGGCAGCAGCGGUCCAAGACAUGCCACACCACAAUUGGCGGCCCUCAGAUGCCUGCCACGUGCAGUCGGAGCGGUUGCCACAAAUGCAGGAGGACUGGAGGACUCGCAGUUGUCAUCGUCACGCAUGGGCGACACAACAUUGGAUCGCAUGUUGGAUGCCAUUAUUGAAUCGGCGCGUAAAGAAAACUAUUGCAAGCAUCGCAGUGUCCAACACAACAACAACAACUUGACGGAAGCUGUGGAAGAAUGGAGCGAAACGAGUGUCCAUGAGAUGGAAGUACGCACUCCCACCCAUCUAAAGAGGCAGCGAGUGGUGCGACGAAAGAAUCCCCAAAGGAUUAAUAAUAAUAAUAAUAGCGAUAGGCAAACGGCAUUGCCCGCUGUGACGCCUUCGGAAUACAUUGUACCCAGCACCAAGCGUUGCCUUAACUUUUCGUCCAGCGAUUUGGAAGACGAUAAGCAUCACGAUGAACCAUUUGCCAAGCGUGGAUCAAUGGCCUCAACAUCCUCAACCACAUCCACCUCGACCUCAACACUUUCGGCCAACUCCCCAAGCCCCAAUACAACAGAGAUUGAGGCGCAAACACAACGCGGCAACAUUGAUUUAAAUAUCAACUAUAAUCCACAGCAACAGCAAUUAAAUGUACACGUUAUUCGCUGUCGUGACCUACAGCGUUCACAUGGCUCUGGCAGCAUCAAUGCCUAUGUUAAGGUGGCCCUGGCCCCAGCCAGCUCCAGCUCGAAUUCAAGUAUGGGAGGCUUCCAGCGGACAGCUGUCCAUCGUCAUUCGAGUCGUCCGUAUUUCGAUCAACAUUUCUCCUUUUCAAUUCCAAAGAUAAGCGAACAUCAGCAAUUGCAGUUGGCUGUCUGGCAUCGGGAUCGCCAUUUAAAGCGCAGUGAGUUUCUCGGCUGCAGUAUUUUUCCCCUGAGCACCCUUAUACACCAGCAGCAACAGCAGCAGCAGCAGAAUUUUAACGGCUACGGAUCCUACAAAUUACAAUCCCAGGCAUGUUUACAUAACCUGCCGAAUACAGUCACAAGAUCCACCAGUAGCACCAGCAACCAGCCCCAGCAGCAGCAGCACGAGGAGGAGAAGGAAAAGGAGAAGGAGGAGGAACAGUCACCAGAAGCAUCCCAACCGAUGGCAACCGAAAUGGCAACCACAGCGGCAACAGCUCCACAGAAAAUCCCAAAUGAACUCAAUACAAAUGUCAACGAUGAAAUUAUCGGCAUAAGCAUUGAUAGCAGCAUGGCUGCUGGAAAGGAUGAUGCUCUGAUGAUGCCCACAAAACCGGAUCAACCGAUGGUAUUAAGUAAAAAGGCAUUGCAUCAACGUGAUGCCGAUGAGAAUUUGUUCUUACGUUUUCUCGAAUUGGAUCCACCCGCCGAUGGUAAUGCGAAUAAUACCACCAGCUCCAGUGGUGGCAAUGCCACAACGGGCGGAUCAAAUGCCACAACUGGCCACACCACGGCAUCGACAACGAAUGCAAAUGUCAGUAAUGCCAAUCACAUGAACGGUGGCAGUGGCAGUGGACGUCGUUACUCGACCAUGACCGGGGGAGGCGGUGGAGGUGGCGGUGUCAUUGUAUCGAAAGGACGUACACCAUUUACGAUGACGAAACGUUUAACCAGGACAGAGGAGCGGGGCUUUGGCUUCUCCAUUGUGUGGACACAUCCACCGCGUGUGGAAAAAGUCGAGGAUGGAUUAUCGGCCGAUCGUUGUGGCAUUUUACCCGGUGACUAUGUCAUCUUUGUCGAUAAACACAAUGUGGUCACGAUGCCCGAGGCUGAUGUUCUGAAUUUGAUACGAUCGCAGGGCUCGUCCUUGACGUUGGAGAUAUUCAGAAGGUCAGGAUCGGGUGCCAAUAUGGCCACACACCAUUUGGCUGCCGUCAAUGCCAAUGUACAUCAUCAAUCGCCGAGCCAAACCCGCCAGAAGCAGCAUCACCAGCAGCAGCAACAGGAACCCACUUCCCAGACUCAAUUAAGCAGCGAGGAGCAAACAACGACAACAAUGACGACGACGACGACGGCAACAACAUUUCAACGAUCGAAUGCUCAAUCCUCACUGCAGCAACAACAACAACAACAACAACAACAUCCUUCCACACGUCCUCAAUUGAUUAACAAUUUAUCGAGACCGGCCACAGCCUGUUCGGGAACAACAUCUUCGAUUGAGGCGGCCAAGCGACGACUGCAUCUGCCCCAGGUCACAUUUAGCAAGGAGUCGAUCGUUCCUAUUACGGACAAUCGCCGACGUUUCCUGCUACAAUUGAUCAGUCGUGAACAGAAUUUCACAGCGGCCUUACAUUUUGGAGUGGAACGUUUCGUUCAGCCUCUUGUCGAUCGCAAGGAUUUGAUCUCGCCCAACGAUCAUCGCACUCUAUUCCAGAAUAUUGACGAACUGUUGCGCAUUGCCGAGGAUAUUCUAGAGCAAUUGUGCAGCAAUACCAGUGAUCAGGAUCAGGAGCCGCAUAUGAAUUUCGCCUCGCGUGUCUAUCUAUCGAAAACGACCGCAAUAUGCGCUGCAUACAAGAAAUAUUGCAAUGGCAUUAAACGGGCCGAUUGCGUUCUGGUCAACAAAUCAAGGCAAACGGGAUCCGAGUUCAUUAAUUUCAUCACAGAGCCUUCAGUGCCGCGCAAGCGACCCGAUCUCACCAUGUUCAUCCAUCGACCGUUGCAGCAUUUUCGUGAAAUAUUGAAAUUGAUGCAAUUGCUGGCCAGCAAUUGUCAUGUGGAUACCGAGGAGCACAAGAAUUUUACCACCGUGAUAAGUGAAUUGCAGGCGGCCUAUCGUGAGAUAACCGUCAGCAGUGGCCUAAUGGAACCCCUGGGCGAGGGUAGACCUCUAUUGACAUUACAGGACUUGGAGUCGCGUAUGGUGUUCACCAAAUGCAAACCCUUCACGCUGGCCGUGCAGGGUCGUCAAUGGAUAUUUGGCGGUGAUCUGUCCCGUGUCGAGGGUCGUUCGAUUAAACCAUAUUGGACCUUGCUCUUCAGUGAUAUUAUUGUGUUUGCCAAAGUCAGUCGUGAUCGUGUAUUAUUUAUCACCGAGGAGCCUAUACCCAUAGCCAAUGUGGUUGAUUCCUGUUUUCAUAUGCGCAAGAAAACCACCGAAUUUCGUUUGACUGUUGAUCCCAAUGGACGUUUGGCGGAAAGUCCAACGGGCUAUUGUGCACCGGAUUUGACUCGCACCCCGAAACGUGGGGCACGCCGUAAGAGUCUGGUUUUACGUGCUCCAUCCAUGGAACUGAAGGCCGUCUGGCAGAAUCUCUUGCAGCGACAAAUUUUUCUUGUUAAUGCCGCCUUGGGUUCAACACCAUUGUCCAGUCCAUUGGAUUCACCUGAUGUACUCAAUACAUUGGUCCCUCUGAGUGAUAUUGGCAUGACAUCGGCGUCGAUGGGAUCGAUUAAACUGCCAUCGUUGGAUAGCAUUAAUCUGAAGCAACAACAGAAACAGCAGCAGCGGAAUGCCGUCCAGCAUCAUCAUCAUCAUCAUCAUCACCAUCAACAGCAACAACAACAACAGCAACAACAUCCGUGCCAUCAACAUGGUCAUGGUCGGGCUGUGGAACAGAUUGAACUAUUGAUCGAUGAGAAAUGCCGCAUUCUGAAUAAGACCGGAACACCCAAAUCGAGUGCUUUGCACUUGGCCAACUGGAUGAAGGGACAACUGGAUAAGCAGCAGCAACAGGCCCGCCUGGCGGCUAUAGCCCGCUCCCAGGAGGAAAUCAGUGCCGAGGACGAACAAUUGAUAUUCAAUAGCGAUAGCGAACAGGACGAGCGCAUAACAUAUUGGACACGGCAGCAGCUGGAGAAGCGCACCAAAGAACUGAAUUUGGCCAAAGAGAAUGGCGGUCUGUCGGCCAAACCGAAUUUCGGUGGCAAACGUUUAAGCGGGGUGGAAGAGUUGAGCAUGAGCGCCGCAUCGGAUAUGUAUUCGGAGGCUGAUGUGGCAACCGGAAGUGCUGGUGUGGCCAGCCAGAUAAGUCAGUCGCAUAGCACCACUUCGGAUAGUCAGAUCACAGUACGCUCUAGUCCCAUUGUGCUGGACAAGCUGGCCGUUUGCCGUCAUUGCCACAAGAAUUGCCAACAAAGUGGCGGAGGAGGUGCUGCAGGUGCCCGCACCGAAAUUGGCGAUUCGACGCCCCUGCUUCUUUGCAAUUCUUUGAAGGUCCAGCAUAGUCAAUCGUCACCGAAUCGUUGCUGUAAGCUGAAUGGCAUUGCCACUGGGCUUAAUGAAACGGCGACAGCUGGAGCAGGAGAAACGGAAAGAGGCAGGGGGGUUAGGCAAGGCAAGGGGGCACGCGAUGAGGGGAGCAGCGUGACCAGCAUGUCCAGCAGCACCAUCACCGGCGAACUCUCAUCCAAGGUAGUGGCUAGCAGUAGUCGUCGCGAAACCGGCGACACCGAAAGCGAUGUGGCCCAAUUGAUCACCGAUGAAUUGUCCUUAUCGCAAUCAGAGGCCACCGAUGAUAGUGUCGGCGCCAUGCCCAACAGCAGCAGCAGCGACAACAAAUUACAUAAUCUAGAAACAGUGGCUCCAUCUCCUCCCACGUCACAACCUACGUCACAGCAUCCACAAGCAGCUCCACUUGCCAAUGGCCAUCACUGCCCACCACCGCCACCAGUGAGAAGAGCACGACCCUGUCCGGGGGUCGCACAAUUGAGUCAAGAGCCGGUUCGUUCGCGACAGCAGGUCAAGGCCAUUGUAACCAUCGCCGAGACGGCUAGGGUAAUGCGCAGCUCUCCGGCCAAUUCGCCCUCAAAGUAUGCAGCAGCGGCUUGCAAUUGUCGCUGUAAUCCGGAGGAUUUCACCCACAAACAAUUGUCGCCCGAUAAAAUGGAACAUCAGACUUGCAAGAUGUUGGAGUCACCCAAGCAAAAGACCACAACGACCACAGCGGGCAGAACUGCUGGAAAUCCACCAGAGGAUGAUGAUGAUGACCAAUUGUCACUUAUGUUAAUUGGUCUGGCACAAUUUGCUCCGGCAGCCCAACUCUGCAGAAGUCAGGGUCACGGUCAGGGGUCGCAACAGGCGAAACCGAGACUAGAAGAGCAGCAGCAGCUAAAGCCGGAAAAUCUUGAUCCAGAUGAUAAACCACCUACAAUUGCUGUGGUGCCAGCGACUCCAGAUGCCAUACUCACAAAGACCAGUACCAAUGUGUGGGAUAAUAGUGGGGGAGGGGCAGGGGGAGGGGGUGGCGUAAGUGGACCUGGAACAGAAACGAGAAAUGGUAAUGGGGUCACAUGCACCUCAAUCAAGCAACCCAGGCAGGCGAUCAUUGAGAAUAUACCCGACGAUUCGUGCGAUGAAUCACCGCUGGAAGAAGAGCCACCCUAUCGACCCAUGACCAGUGCCCUGAGACGCUUCGGCACCAUGUCCAGUCUCGAAAAAUUACCCUCCGACGAUCGUAUGGAUGAGACCGAAGAGCUAGAGGAUGACCUAGACUCGCCCUAUGUAGUCAACGGGUCAAUGGAUCAAGCGGCCGAGCCUGCAGACACACUUGAGGGGUUUGAGAAGGAGAGAGAAGGAGAGUUGGCCAAUGGAGGGAAUAAGGAAAACCAUGCGCCCGAUGGAGCCACAGACUUUGACCCAAUUCAGCCCGGUUGUUCGAAUUCAAAUGGCGAUGUCCUGGCCAGUGGUGCCUGGACAAAUCGUGCCGGGGCCUUUGUCAGCGAUAAAAUGUCCUUCUUCGAGGAGUCGCGUGCCUUUAUAGACAAGUACCUGGGUCGUUGGAAUGCAGGCGAACAGCAAGCAGCAAACACCUCCGAAACGGAUGAGCAAAUGGACGAAUGCACUUCGGGAGCGACAAGCGGUGAAGAGGUCUGGGGUACACCCACCAGUGGCGGUGACAAUGACAAUGAUGAUAUGCAGUUGAUAAAUUCCGAGAAUACACAUUCGUCACCCACCAAAUCGAGCACUUCACUGAAUGAUGACGAUGACACCGAACUGAUGAUGGAUGAAUUGCUAAUGGCACCACCAAUGACAGCCAGCACCAUUCGAGGAUUGCUGCCACGUUUUUACAGACGUCGUCUUGAGCCCCUAUUCGAGGAGGAGACCGAAAGUGAUGAAGAGAAAACCCAACAGGAUAGCGAUGACGUCAAAAAGGGGGAAGCAACGACAAAUGGCCACUACCUAGAGGAUUUGGCUGGAAGUUUAAGCGACGAACACCAGGAGAGGGAUCCAGUAGAUCAGAGGAGCAAACCGAGAGUCCAGAGGGAUUUGGAGCCCCUGGGACUGGGUACAAGGCCAUUGGUGAAAUCUAUGCUAACUACCCGACUGCUGCCCACCACAGCCAUAACAGUGCAGAGUCCAUUGCCCCCGGUGGCAGUGGCCUCAUCCUGCGAGUACCUACUCGAACAACGGCCAUCUACAGCGACGACGACGAAGACGGAGACGCCGAUGCCAACAACAAUGAUAACAACGAUGAUGACGACAACAACCGCAACGACAACACCCACGACAGCGACCAAGACAGCGACAGCGACGACGACGACGACGACGACAAUGAUGAUGAAGACAACGACGAUGACUACAGCGAUGCCUCCGUCUUUGCCACCGACAACGAUGCCGAACUGGAUCCAGCCGGCGGCGACACCGGCUCCUUCAUCGACUACUACAACAAUCAGCAGAGGGAGCGACACUACGAGCAACGUCGCCAAAGCCAGCGGCAGGCCAGCCAAAUUUAUACCACCGCCACCGCCUCCACGUCGACUGCUGCUAACGCAGACAAAUCUCAAUCCUGCAGCAGGCAAACAGGAACCUCCAAGAAAAUCUGGAGAUAUUGCUGACAAUUGCUCUUCGCUGGCUGUCGACGACGCGGACGCCAGCGUUUCCGUCCCAAUCGGUACCGUGUCAAGGACAAUAACAGCUGCGGCGGCGGCGGGGGCGGUGGCAGUGAGUACCAAAACCUCUGCAAUGCAGCCGCAGCCGGAACAUGUGCAAUCAUUGCCGAUGACCAUGACAAUGAAAUCGAUGGAAACCAACGCCAACGGCAACAACGUCCCAAAACGCCCAUCGUCAACGAUAAUCGAGACCUGCCUGCUGGGAUCGGUGCCAAAGCCCGGCUCAGUCACUUCAUUAGCAACAGUCUCGAGGAUAGCAAAGCCGAUACGAACGAUCCCCAGCCAGGCUGCAGUCGACACCAGAGCAGCAGCAGCACCGCAAACACCAACACGAACACCAACACCAACACAAACACAAACACAAGUAACAGCAACCACUGCCCCAGUGCAGCCACACGCUGGCUGCGGUCUAAGUCCAAGACUGGAAAUGCGUCUGGCACUCAAUCACGACAUUCUCGGGGACGAGGAUUUGAUCUGUUACGAGCCUGGUCCAGAUCUAACCACUAUUCUGGGGCACGACCUCUCCACAUUUCAUCGUCUGACGGGUCGCGAUUUAUUGAGUCGGUCAGCCACGAAUACGAAUCGGGUGCAGCCAAAAGAGGCUGUCAUAUCGUACUCUCAACAACGCAACUCAAAGAUGGACACCCCGACGGUGAAUCGGCGGCCACGUCCGCUCUCGGCAUCGGUAGGUCAGGUGGGGCCGAGUCACAGUCACAGUCACAGCAGCAGCAGUCACGGCAGCAGUCCUCGAGGCGCUGGCUGUUCGGCACGUGUCGCCGGCGCUCCACAACACCCGCCUCCAAAUCCAAAUACAUGGAGCAAUUCUGCAUUUGCGGAUCGCGACGGCGUAGGGAGCGGAAACGUCGAAGACAACAGCAUCGGCAGCAAUUACAGCUACGGCGGGAACAAAUUAGGCGAUCUGGAAAUCUUAGCGAGACGCGAGAAGAUAUACUCCAUGUCUCAAUCGAGGAGUGGUUGUCCAGUCAAGGGGAAAUCCAUCUCAAUGACCACAACAUCGUUGACGACGACUACGACGAUGGCAAUGGCAGGCACCGGAACGGGCAUGAUGAUGUCCAGCGACUCUUCCUUGCCGAGCCGAGCAGUAGCAGCAGUCUCUCUGACGAGGACGAUGAGUACUACUUCGAUGGACGCAACAACAACAACAACAGCAACAACAUCAACAACAACAACAAUGACUGAAGCCCAUCUCGAAAUGGAAGUGGGCAAGUCAAAACGCUUAAUUAACUUUAUCAAGCGACGCAAUUCUGAAAUAACGGCAAGUAGCAGCAGCAGCAUCCAAAACCACUCCGAUGGCAGUGCAUCGGGAGAGCAGCAAUCCCUGGCCGCCACUCAGAUGUCACCGCGCAAGGACAAUGAUAAGCCUUCGCUGAAUCGACGCCUGUGGAAGCAAAUAACCAAGCGACGACGAACCAAUUCGGUGUCCCAGAUAGUUGCCGGCUAAGGAUCAAAGCGAUAUCCCUACUAUCUAUCUCUAUGGAAAUUAUUAUUAUAGAUUUAUUCUUGUGUCUUUUUGUUGGUUUUUGUAUUCUCCUUUUCAUAUGAAUGACUCACCUGGUGGCCAUAAUGCAUCAUUGAUCUAGUUUUGGGCCAAAAACUAUGCAAAACUAUGUAAAACAUAUAUUAAGUUUUUUGAUACAAUUUUGUAGCUAGUGAAGAAUCCCAUAAUCGAAUGAUACAACUAAUUCGUGUAUUCGUGAGAUCAUUGGGUACUCUGUUGCGUCCAACGAUACUCCUGCCAAAAACGAAAACAAAAAACCAAAAGAAAAUCACAAAAAAACAAAAAAACA